AUGGCAGGGGUUCUUACGGAGAACUUGGUGCUGCAGAAGACUAAGGUGGACAACAUCCAGCGUGUGCGGAAGCUAAACGUAUGCGCAGCGCAACUCAGCGACAUUGGCGUGCUGAGACGUGCAAACAACCUCGAAGUGCUCUCUCUUAGUCUCAACGAGCUCAGUGAGCUUGGGGUUCUUGAGAACUGCCGCCGACUGUGUGAGCUGUACCUCCGCAAAAAUCGCGUGGAGGACCUCAAUCAGGUGCUUCACCUCUGUGAUAGUAACUACCUGACGGUGCUAAAUCUCGCAGAAAAUCCCAUCUGCCAGGACCCAAAUUACAGACGCUUUGUCAUUGCCGCUAUUGGAAGCCUGCAACGCCUGGACGACGUCGACAUUCUGCCGCAGGAGCGGGAAGAGGCGUACACGGUGUUUCCGAACCUUCGGACAAUUGCCCCGCCCCCAUCAAUGUACUGCGAUCCUGCCAAGGGAAAGGUGCGACCUGCAGUAAACCAUAUGGCUCUCCACGCAGCAGCGAGGCAUCCGGGGCCGAAGUCUCGUCAUAACAGCACCUCCGAUUACUUUGAUGAGAAUUCUGUGCACGGUAACGGUGGCCGACGUACCCCGGUGGCCCGCAGUCCCACAAAGGGUCAUUUGGCAAAACGGAGGACCACGCGUUUAGAGUCUCCGCAAUAUUCACAACAUGACUCGGUACAGCGCGUGUUUCACGCCAAGAGGGCGUCCUUUAGCAACGGUGGGAUGGGUUCGAUGCAUGUGCCAUCGCUUCAAAUUGGCCCAACUGAAUCAGGUGUUGUGCAGGCAGUAAAGGUGCUGCUCUCAGAGCUGAGCGCGGAUUCACUGGAUGAAGUACGCCGCUUCAUCGAUGCGUUGAAGUGA